AUGAGUUCCAGAAUUUGCAGUUUUUAUUGUGAUGAAUUCUUUGGAACAAAAAAAGUUAAUUUUGAGGAACAAAAACAGGUAGGUAUAGUAAAUAGAGGAGAUUCCUUCAGGAGGCGGCGCUCUAGAAGCAACAGUCUGUGUCCACCGUCGAUGGGAGGAACCCCUUCUCCAGUCCUAGACAUGCCAGACCAAAUGCCAGACAUAUCAUCGUAUACGGUAUGCCUACUAGGAGCUCAAGGAGUUGGAAAAACGGCGCUAAUCAGUCAAUUUAUGACCUCUGAGUGUAUAAAUGCUUACGAUAGACAAAAAGACUUGUUGGGUGCCCAGACAGUAUCUAUUAUGUUGAAUGGAGAAGAAUCAGAAUUAUCAUUUCAAAACACCGGUACAAUGAAGGACGUUAUCGACAAAGGCCACCCUCCAGACGCGUUCAUCGUCCUCUACUCCGUUGUCGACAAGGCUAGUUUUCUCAAAGCGGAAACUGAACUGAGCAGGUUGCAGGACAGCGAUCAGCUCAGAACUCGACCCGCUAUUCUAGUCGCCAACAAAAUAGAUUUAGCCAGAUGCAGAGCGGUUUCCACACAAGACGGCAAAUGCAUGGCGUGCACUUACCGAGCGAAAUUCAUAGAAAUCUCCGUGGGAAUCAACCACAACGUGGACGAACUUCUAGUGGGAGUUUUAACGCAAAUCAGACUGAAAAUUGACAGUUUCGACGAGGGCGGGCACACGCAACAAUGGUACAAAAGCCGCGGCAUGGUCAAGGCCAGCAUGAAGGCGCGUCAGAUGUUCACGUGGCUCUUCGGCAGAGAGGACUCCAAAUUCAAAAAUUGUGAAAACCUCCAUAUUCUGUAG